UGAUGAGUAUAAUACGCAAAAAAAACUGCACUCUUGCUGUGGACGCUGCUGAUAUUGAAAACAUCCCUCCGGCUGCUUCUGUUAUCUCUACUGUUGCUGGUACCAUUGCCGUUGACGCCGCUCUUGAAGUUGUGAGUGAAACCGCCGCUGACGCUGCUGCUGCCGUUGAUAACAUUCUCUCUACUGCUACUUCUACUAGCAAUGCUGCUCUGCCCACAACUAAUAUGCUCUAUUCAGAUGUCGUUGGUAAAAUUACUGCUGCUAAUACUAACGCUGAGACUGUGACUGUUAUGGCACCUGCACUCAACCGUUCUCAGCCUACAUCUUCUAUCGCAUCGAAGGCUCAGUUGCCUGCAGUUGGUGUUAGCGCAAAAAAUAUGAAUACUGUACAACAAAAUAAAUUACCCAAGCGUCGUAUUCUAGUUGUUGGAAAUAAUAAUAAUAAUGAUAAUGGCGAACUUGAUGUUGUUAUCAAAAAGAAGUGGGUGCAUGUAUCGGCUUUUAAGCCAACUGUGACUGCUGAUAGUAUCAUUGCUUAUGUAUCAAAAAAUUCUGGCGUCGAUAGCAAACAUCUUGCGUGUUUCAAACUUAUAAAGAAAGGUUCAUCUCUCGAUAACAUUCGCAGUGUAAAUUUUAAAUUUGGAGUUUUGCCGUCAUCUUAUGAGAAGAUUAUGAAUCCUAAUGUUUGGCCUUCGGGAAUUAGUAUUCGCCCAUUUCAAAUUUUUCAAAGGGAAGGAACCACUGAACCGACCAAAUAGCUCUGCAGAUAUAAAUUGCAAAUCUCGUAAUCUUAAAAUCUAUUUCCAAAAUAUGUCUGGAAUGCGUACUAAAACGAAGGAAGUGUAUUUAGCGACCUCGCGAGCUGAAUAUGAUAUUUAUGUAUUUGUCGAAACCUGGCUUAACUCAGACUUCUUUGAUGAAGAGUAUUUUAAUCCAAAUUUAUUUCAAAUUUAUCGAAAGGAUAGAGACGC